CGUACAAACAGACAAAGUGUACCUACAAGUUCUUGCAAUCAGAAACUAGAACAUCUCGAUCGUUAGCGAACACUGUCAUCCAUCAACACCUAUUCGCUACCACAUCCCGAACAUCAAACACAAUCAUAGUCAAGCAUGUCCGGACUCGAUGCAAGCUCACUCUUCAACGUCAAGGGACAGGUGGUUCUAGUCACCGGAGGUGGAAGGGGUGUCGGAGAGAUGAUCGCCACGGGCUACGUCCAGAACGGCGCCAAAGUCUACAUCUCGUCUCGAACCCCGAGCGCUCUGAAGGAGACGGCCGACAAACUGAACAAGCUCGGGAAGGGCGAGUGUAUUCCUAUCGUCGCUGACCUGAGCAAGUACGACGAGUGCGUCAAGCUCGCAGAGGAGAUGGGUCGACGAGAAAAAGUCCUGAACGUCCUGGUCAACAACUCUGGAGCCACAUGGGGCGAAUCCCUCGAGACCUAUCCGGACCAAGCGUUCACAAAGCUCAUGACGCUCAACGUCCAACGAGUGUUCACGCUCAGUCAAAAGUUGGUGCCCCUCUUGAAAAAAGGUGCUGAAGGCGGUGGGGUUGGUAGGAUCAUCAACAUCGGAAGUAUCAACGGAGAGAUUCCUCCGGCCAUGGAGACGUACGCAUACUCGUCUUCGAAAGCCGCUCUGCAUCACCUCUCGCGCCACUUGGCCAGCCGUCUAGCCCCCGACGGCAUCAACGUCAACACCCUCGCCCUCGGACCCUUCCCUUCCAAGAUGAUGGCCGCGACGCUGGACAAGUUCAAGGACGAUAUCGUCCGAGGUAUGCCCCUCGGCCGGGUCGGAGAACCGAGCGACGUCGUUGGGGCAUGCUUGUGGUUGAGCGGCAAGGCUGGGCAGUUCAUCACGGGCGCGACGGUUCCCAUCGAGGGCGGGCAUUUGAUCGCGGCCAAGUUGUAGUACCGGGGUGGCUCGUAAAGCUACGCUAUCAAUGGUUGUAACGCAAAUCGAAAUGGCAUGAUGAUCGCAUGA